AUGGUGAUUCAAAUUCUUUCGCGAUUUGCAUCGACCGCUGUUACCGGUACGAACAAUCCGACUCUUACGAUGCUGGUGGGGACGAGCUCAUUGUUGCCUCGGACGCGCCGACUCCUCGCGUCUGCGUCUCAUUUCGACAUGAUGUCAUGGAGGAGAAAGCCGCUGGUGCUCGCGCACCAAUCAGCCGUCGAAGCUCCGUCGUCGCCGGCUCCGUGGCUUGCAACGGACGCGGACGUCGGCAUCACGCGCGUGUCGGCGUCUGCUGCUAAGAGCGAGCACUGCAGCUACGAAAUCUCGCUGCGGUUCCCUCAGACGCGUACACUGUGGCUCAUCCAGCGCUCGUACACCGACUUCCAGCGCUUCCACGCGGCGAUCGAGAGUAUCUUCCACCAGGUGCUUCACGCUCGUCGCAUUCAACUUCCAAAGCCGUCACGUCUCGGAUGGGACGCGUUCCGGGCGCAAUCUGCACGCACUGCAGCGGCGGAUAAACUACGCAAGCAGUUGAAUAGUUAUCUGCAUAAAUUACUGGAGAUCGAGAGCGUUCACGCUUCCGACGCGUUCCGCGACUUCGUGACGCCUCGACCCGAGUCGGACGAUAGCGAAGUGGUACAGGAAGACUGCGCCGAUAAAGUGGAAGGAAGCUCAAGUUUCCGACGUCUCGGUAGCUCAAGCACUAGCACGACAAGCACUAGCACAACCGUCAGCUCCCGCGACAGCGUCGACGGUCUUCUACUCGAUAUGCCGGCACCGUUUCCGUGGCGUGUGCCGCCGCCAGUUGUUGCACCUUCAACCUGUGACGAACUGGUGCAUUUCGGUGGCACUAUCGCCUUAACAGCACUCGGUGGACUAUCUGUCGGCUUGACAAAGCGUAGUGCACUCUCCGGGUCACAGAAAGCGGCCGCGGUGGCCGCUGGAGUGGCCGGCGUGGCUUUGACCGGCCCGUUGUCGGCGGUGUUCGCAUUAAGUGCUCUAGGUGGCGGUGUAGGCAAAUAUCAACUUAACAAAGCAUCGUAUCUCAGUGUCUGUAAGCCGUCGCACGGUGACGACGAUACAGGGAUCGCGUUUGUUGUGGAGAACGCAGAGCAGUUUUCAGGCCCACGGCGUGCAGCGAGAUUCGGAGAUGCCAUCCACUUAUACUGCCGGAAAGUGCGUAGAUCGGUUCGAAUUAUUGCGGCGCCUGACUCGAAACGAGGGCACGCAAUGGUAUCUGGAGGUGACGCACACAAGACGACGUUGAGACUAGUGUCACCGUACGGACACACGGGGCCACUACGUUGCGGUAGCCAGGUGUUCAUGCAGCUUGUGGACGGCGAAUGGGCUGGUCAACUCCUUGGAAUGCACGGUGAGUUUAUCACCGCUACGAAAUACUCACCGACAGUGUUUCAAUUGGGGACAAUAAGCAGCGAACACGUAGCAGUUGACUGUCCGGAGACAGCGACGAAGACUGAGCAACAGGAGCGACUGUCCGGUCCUUUUACGGUACCGAGAAGCGCGAUCCCAUUCAAGCUACGUGUCAUGGUGUACAACGUCUGGUUAUUGCCUGGCUUCGUGUCGUCUUUCAACGAAAAAGUGUCUCCGUGGGCCUCACAGCGCGCUUCCGCCAUCCCACGCUGUCUCGCGUCAUUAAACGUGGACGUGGUAGUAUUCUGUGAAGCCUUUUGUAGCUCUGCGCGCGAGAAACUGGUGUCUGGGAUGAAGUCACAAGGCUUUAUCUACGAGACGAAGAUCGUGGGCGAUGUAUCACUUUUAAGCUCCAAGAAGGCCAUCGACGGAGGAUGCUUCGCUAUGAGUAAAUACCCUCUUUCAAAUUGUGAAGAAGUGACGUUCGGCAACGUCGCGUCCGGUGAGGAUCGAUAUGCGGAUAAAGGGGUUAUCUACUUUCAAGUUCGCGUGCCUGUGAAAAGCUACUCAGGCUCUGAUACAACGCAGACGGUGCAUAUUGUGGGGACCCACUUACAGGCUUGGGAAACGUCGCUUGCUGUUGCUACAAGGAAGGGCCAAAUGACUUUGAUGCGCAAUUUUGUCAACUCUCUGCGUCUUCCGAAGCACGAACCAGUCAUUUAUGCGGGAGAUAUGAAUGUCAACAAACACGCAGAUGGCGCACAGAUACCCGAGGGAGAGUAUACCGGUAUGUUGGAUCUGCUUGGAGUUGAUGAACCGCAAUUACAAGAAAAGUCGCCCAUUUACAGCUUCGAUCCACAUUCAAACGAUCUAGCUGUGGAUGGUCCGAGUUCUGGAGGUAUUGCGGAGCGACUGGACUACGUUAUGGUAGACCGCAGUCAUCGCCUACCUGUUUCUGCGUCAACUGAGAUCGUGCAACUUAAGGCGACGAAAAACUGGGCCCCAUCUCGUGGUGCUAUUGACGAAAUCCUUGUGGAUUUAUCGGAUCACUACCCAGUUGUCGGUGACUUCCACUUCUAG